AGCUUUUAUGAGUGAUGCUCUGAUUGCACAAGAGCACGUCCCCCUUUCCUUGCUCUUGCCUCAUCCUUCCUGUCCUCAAGUCCAGAAUGGACUUCUACUUCUUUUUCUCCCUAUCGCGACUACCUUCCUUUCCUCGGAUGAUACAUAUAAUCGUUCGCAUUUUCUCUUUCUUUCUUUUUUCUUUUGGAUAUGACUGUGCUUUCCAUUUUUGUUGAUUAGUAUUUGAUAUGCCAAAUUUUCGUUUGCGAGGGGCAAUAUGUUCAUAAAGUGAAACUUUCUUGAUUCUGCUCUUUCUUUCAUCUCAAAUAUCACAUGGGGCAAUGCAGCUUCUGUUUCCGUACAUGCUCUCCGUGCAGCUGCCCUUUGCCAACGCGCGGGUAGAUUGCGAUAAGAUUGCGCAGAACAUCACCAAAGCGACACGAAAUCAACACGUUGCGUAACUUUUCAACUACAUAGUUACAUAGUAUAUAGGAAAUAGUUGGUGGGGUCGCAAGGAUAUAUAUAAUUGCGCCAAAGCGAGCUCGUCGUGCAUGGAGAACUAGGUAUAUACAAUUUUGACCCCGAUGUCCGACAAAUUCGGCAACUAGCCGCCCUCCAGGCCGCCGAUGCAUGCCCGAUAAUCCCACCCCAGCAGAGCCCCUGAAGGUCGAAUUUACGCCUCCAACCUCAGCAAGCUUUUACUUUCACACAACAAGUGGUGGUGGUACACUUCAACUACCUUUUUAUCCGGUUUCGUUCGAAAGCAUUGUCCCCAAGCGAGGAAUGCGGCACAUUCAUUCCCAGAAGUCGUUAAACCAAAUGAGGUUAAGGCUCCGGUUAUAUAGAACUGUGUGUGCUCUUCAGAACCAUGAGUCCACAUGGACGUGAGACCAAAGCAGAAUUGAAUUUCGUUCGUUGGUGAACUGCAGCAGGGCUUUUACUAACGGGCUUCCAUCCAUUGGAGGUCGGACGAUGGGAAACGACGCCACCGGACGGGAGGAGAGUUAGACUCUUCGGCUGCGAUGGGGGUUCCAUCGGGCCUAUAAAAGUUAGUUAACUUAGUUGACUUAGCAAGGGAAAACGGUCGGCUUAUGUCAUCAGCCCUAGCCACAUCCUCCCAAUCGGGCAAUUUUGACUCCAUCGUGCGAAAAAAUUGCUCCAGGAGUCAGGAUAGUCGUUGGCCAUGCUUUGUCUUCCCAGCGAUCAUGAAUGCUCAAUAUCUGUCUCAUUAUCUGUCACAAGUACUGCCCCCAAUCUUGAUCAAUAAAAGGUGUUUAUUGAAUUAGUCCAAGUGGUAGUUCCCAGGAGCGGCUCCGGUUGUUAUGAACAAACCAAGGAUCUAGCCAACUUUGACGCUGGCCUGUCAAAAUUCCAGAUGCAUGAACCGCUGCUUGAAAGGCCAAGGCAUUAAAUUAAAUCUCUAGAACCCAGUAUCCGAUAAUAUCGUUCAAACUUUGCCGAGUACCCAACCUAGCUGAAUUCACUGCCAGGAGGAACUAAUAGUUAUCAAGGAGCAGGGGCUAGUUGAAAAGCCAGACAUGAUUUCUUCGUAUGGGCAAUUGUCGAUGUCCAAGAACUUGGGUCGACCGCCAAAAUCCUCGACUAUUGCCGGACCCCUCUCAAUAGAAUUUGGCAUUUCCCUGGUUUUCGGGUUUGCUACCCACGAUAAAAAGGUACCGAAGCCCUGCUUUCAUAGAAUAGAAUUUUGAUGCCAGAACCUAACUUUUCUCGCACCCUUCGUUCAAAUUACAACAAUACAUUAAGAUGUCAGACAAACAACUCAGCGGCUCAACAGAAGGGGCCUCCUAUGAGGACACGAAAGGAGGCACCAUUCAUCAAUCCCAUCAAGGUUCCGCCUCCAUAGUGCCCAUUCUUGCGUAUCGCAAGCCGGCGAAUCCCAUUCCUCUUGGGCUUCUCGGCUUCGCGACGACAACAUUCGUUCUGUCGUUACACCAGUGCGGUGCUGGCCUUCCAGACUCUAAUCCCUUGGGACGUGUCGGCCCUGACGCAGCGGUUUUUGGUUUAGCAUUCUUCUUCGGUGGCAUGUCACAGAUCAUUGCUGGUAUCAUGGCAUUCACUACCGGUAAUACAUACGGCACUACAGUCCAUAUCUCGUACGGGAGUUUUUGGCUUAGCUAUACGAUGUUUCUGAUUCCUUCCCUCGGUAUCAAGGAUGCAUAUGCAGGCGACCAGCGCGCUUUUAGCUUUGCGCUGGGGAUUUACCUGGUCUUUUGGUGUUUGCUGACCUUAAUGUUCCUUGUCGCCUCAUUGAGGACGAAUUACGCGACCCUCGGUGUCUUUGGCCUGCUUGUGCCUGCCUUCUUUUUCCUCGCGCUUGCAAAUUUCCUCCGGACUACCCAUAUGGACCAUGCUAUUCGGUUGAACAAGACUGGAGGCGUAUUUUCAUUUUUGUGCGCCUUUGUCGCCUUCUAUGCAGGUGCUGCUGGUUUAAUGGCGCCGGAAACAACAUUCGUGCACUUGCCGUUGGGCGAAAUGGCACGUCCCGACGAAAGUUCUGUCGCAUAAUACGAUAUGAUCUCGCCUCUUGAAGCUUGUACGAGAACAGAGAAGACGGCCUCCAAUUUUGAUGAUAUCGAUUUUAGGACAAUAGCACCUGCAAAUUCUGAACACCAACAAGGCGAGAACGAAAACCUAAGCUCUUCGCCUAAUUCCGACAAACUUGCGCCAAUGGUCUUGGACUAGAUUGUCAAUGGUGGGACGCUUUGUUGCUUGGUCGUGUCGUUUGCAGAGUUUCCUCGAGUAUCCCUUUUAAUGUGCUGGCUUUUAAUCACUUCCCAUCUGGUUAUCCCAACUUUCUUUACAAGGCUAGGAUACGGCCGCUUUGAGCUUCCCCGUUUUAAUUCUCAUUUCUGCAACGUAAUAAUACGUACCCCUUUACUUUCUGCGCUCCCUCGGCGAACUCCGUUGUUUUGUAAUUUAUGGUUUAAUUUUCAAAGCAGUAUUCACAAGACCUAAUCUAAUACAUAUGUACAUGUACAUACAUAAUACUGAAACCACACCUCCGACUCAACUAAUAUGUGGUAAAACACCUGCACAAUGCAGGCGAGCAGGCUCGUUGUAUGCAGUUUUAGUCCCAGUCAAACUCAAUGAUUAACCGUGCCAUGCUUACUCACUCUCUGUAGUGAGUGUGCCACAGUGUAUGGAAAACCACACUGUAAAGAAA